AUGUGUUACGUGGAUGACGUGGUCAUAUCAACACCCACCUUGGCAGACCACAUUGAUCGACUCGAUGAAGUCUUUGGUUGCAUGAAAAGAGCAGGUUUGAAAUGCAAACCAUCGGAAUGUGAAUACCUUAGAGAUUCAAUCAAGUACCUGGGAAGAAUGGUGGACAGGCAUGGCGUAAGGCCGGAACCGGAAACAGUGGAGGCCGUGUUGACAUGGAAGGUCCCCAGAACGGACUCAAAACUCAUGAGCUUCCCGGGGUUUGCCAAUUAUUACCACGAGUUCAUAAAAGGAUACGCGGAUAAAGGUCUCAGCAAGAAGACUGAGUUUUAUGAAAGACUAGAACAGAAACCAGCCAAUCAGGUGGAAAUCAAGGAACGAUUCUCGUUUCUGGACAAAGAAACUUAUGAAGCGCUUCCCUUGACGAGAUGGUUGGACAAAUCUCGACAUUCAAUUCCGGAACACCCCGAGUUACCGGUGGAAAAGGCAGCAGAAAUAAAGAUCACAUCAAAGAAGGACCCGGACAUUGAAGAGAACAGGCGAGUUGAUCAACAAGACCCGGGACAAGAAAGUUUGUCCGGCGAGACAGGUGUAGAGGAAAAUUUUCAAGGUGGGGAACAAGACCUGGAGGAUGAAUUUUUGUCCGAGGAGUUCAGAUGGAUGAGCAGAGCGCAUAAAAUUGAUCCCGAAGAAGAAACGUGCUCCGUGGCAGACUCUUCCAUUGAUGACAACUCGAGGAGUUCAGGAACUGACACCUACUCAGACAGGAGUUCGAGCACGGGAUCGGAAUUGUCAGAGCUAGCGAUCCACACGUUACUAGUGGAGACUCGAGCAAGCGACCUGGACAUAGAGGUCGCAGAUCAGAUGGGCCAUCAGGGAAUUGACAAAGUAUACCAGAGGAUUCUGAAGCGCAUUGAGUGGCCUGGAAUGAAAAAGGCAUGCGAGAAGUGGUUAAAAGCAUGUCUGUCAUGUCAACAGGUCGAAGAUCCAAGGAAAUUGUGA